AUUAUGUCGGAAUAUUUUAGAAAAUAUAUUAAAAAAGAACAUUACUCAAAUCAUUAGUAAUAAUAAUGACCUAAGCUUUUAGUUCUAAUUUAAAAUUUAAAACUUCAUUUAGAAAUUGUAUUUUAGAAGUAAGCAUUCAUCAAUAAUAUAAGGCAUUAAAAAGAAGGCAAUGGAAGGAAGUUGAAGGAGAUGAUUGGGACAUAAUGUGGGCUGAAAAAGAAUGGAUUCAUGAAGUUAUGGAUCAUACUCAUUUGCAGCCUAAUCAAAAAAUUAAUCAUUUUAGAAAUCAUUACGAAGUAUAUUUAAAAAUACAAUAAAAGCUUACGAGAAAGGAUUUAAUGAUUAAGAAUUUAAAAAGAUUUAAAAGAAACUUAGAAAGAGAAAAUAAAAUGGAAGAAGCCAAUAAGUAAUAUAAUUUAUUUAUAUUUUAAGUUAUAAUUUCUUUCCUCAAACAUUUCAUCUACCAAGUGAAUAUCCAAUAUUUUGUGAAGAAUUUAAAAGAUAAUCUUAGAAUGGUGAAUCAAAAACUCCAUGGAUUAUGAAACCUGUAUUUUAAAAUAAUUAAAUUAGAUUGGUAAAUCCUAAGGUAAAGGAAUAUUUAUAUUUAAUAAAAUCUAAUCAAUAUCUCAAUGGAAAAAUACACUUCGUUUUAAUUAAGAAGCAUAAUAAGCAGAGUCUUAUAUUGUUUAAAAAUAUAUAGCUGAUCCUCUUUUAAUAGGAGGAAAGAAAUUUGAUAUGAGAAUAUAUUUACUUUGUACUUCUUAUUAGCCAUUAACUUUAUAUUUAUAUAGAACAGGAUUUGCAAGAUUUACCCAUCAUCGUUAUGAUAAUGAAGAUAUAUCGAAUACAUGUAUAUAUUUUAUAAUUAUUCAGAUGUUCAUUUAACUAAUGUUGCUAUUUAAAAAACAUCAGAUAAUUAUGAUGAAAAGUUAGGAGGUAAAUGGAAUCUAUAAACUUUAAAAUUGUUUUUGAUGACUAAAUUUGGAUAAGAAAAAGUUGCUGAAACAUUCUAUAAUAUCUAAAUGCUCAUGAUAAGAUCUCUGUAGGCAGUUUAAAAAAUUAUAAUAAAUGACAAACAUUGUUUUGAAUUAUAUGGAUUUGAUAUAUUGCUUGAUGCAUCAUUAAAACCAUGGCUUUUAGAAGUUAAUGCCAGGUAUUUAAAAUAUAUCUAACAACUGUAGUCCAUCAAUGACAUCUAAUACUCCUAUUGAUUUUGAAUUAAAAUGCGGACUUUUGGAUGAUGUUUUUACUAUAAUUGAUUUGGAAAAGGUUUUAACUGGAAAUGAAGAAUAAAUUGGAGGAUUUGACUUAGUUUGUAAAGGAAAUCCUAUUAAAUUACCUCUUAAUAGCACCUUUACUACAUAUCUAGGUUCAUUUAAUAAUAGAUAAUAAUAAUUAAAAAAAAUUGCCAAAUCAACUGCUUUAAGAUUAGCAUAAACAUAUCAAGAAAUUUAAACUAAAUCUGUUGGUGAUGGUUCAAAAAAUUAAAAAGAAAAAGAGGAAAAAGAAAAAUAGUAAUAGAGAAGUACAUCAAAAGGUCCUCAAUCUAUGCAAGUAUUUUUGCAAUAUUAUUUUAGAAUGGAAUUAAUAAUAAAAUAGGUAUGUAGCCGAAAUAAAAUUCUAUAAUUAAAAGAAAUGGUACUAAUUUACCAGCUUUAGGUACUUUAUAAUAUAAAACAAAUGUUAAAAGAUAACCUUUAUAGAAUGCAGUCUAAGUAUAACCAGCCUAAAUACAACAAAUAAAUUCUAAUAAGAAGUAUAUAAAUUUAUAAUCAUAGAAUAAAUGAAGAAUAAACUUUGACUCCAAAUUAAAAACUUUAACAACUUACAAUAGACAAUAAAUUAUCCACUUUCUAACCUUAUAAAUAGUAAUCACAAUAUAAUGAUGUUAUGGGUAUGAGCAAUAGAAACUUACAAAGAAAUGAAGAAUGA